AGGACAAGCCUCGAGCGAGCAUCCCCCUAACUCUCGCCGCGCGUCACGCCAGGCUGCGAAGUCAUGGCAGAGUCCAAGGUCAAGGACAUGGGCCUCGCCGAGUUCGGCCGCAAAGAGCUCAGCCUGGCGGAGCACGAGAUGCCGGGCCUCAUGGCGGCCCGCAAGGAGUUCGGCCCGAAGCAGCCCUUCAAGGGGAUGAACAUCAACGGGUCUCUGCACAUGACUAUCCAGACCGGCGUCCUCAUCGAGACCCUGCACGCGCUUGGGGCCAAAGUGCGCUGGUGCUCCUGCAACAUCUUCAGCACGCAGGACCAUGCGGCUGCGGCCAUCGCGAAGGCCGAGACAUCCACCGUGUUCGCAUGGAAGGGCGAGACCCUGCAGGAGUACUGGUGGUGUACCGAGCAGAUGAUGACAGUGCCAGGCGCGGACGGCUGCGACCAGCUCGUCGACGACGGCGGCGACGCGACGCUGCUGAUCCACAAGGGCAAGGAGUUCGAGGAAAAGUUCGCGAAGGACGGAUCCCUGCCCGAUCCUGCCAGCACGGACAACGCCGAAUUCAAGUGCAUCUUGCAGCUGCUGCGAGAUUCCAUCCCGGCCGACAAGACGAAGUACACGCGCAUGGCCGCGAAGUGCAAGGGCGUCAGCGAGGAGACCACCACUGGCGUCCACAGGCUGAAGGAGAUGGCUGCGAAGGGCGAGCUCUGUUCCCAGCCCAACGUUAACGAUUGUGUGACCAAGUCCAAGUUCGACAAUGUCUACGGGUGCAGGCAUUCGCUGCAGAUGGCAUGCAUGGAGGGCUUCCAGGUGGUUACGAUGGAGAGCGUUGUCGGCGAGAUCGACAUCUUCACGACCACCACAGGAAACUUCAAGAUCGUCACGCUGGAGCACAUGAAGAAGAUGAAGAACAACGCCAUCGUCGGCAACAUUGGCCACUUCGAUAACGAGAUCGAGAUGGAAAAUCUGGAGAAGUUCGAAGGCAUCAAGGUGGAGAACAUCAAGCCGCAGGUUGACCGCUACGUCUUCCCAGACGGUCACGGCAUCAUCGUCCUGGCGGCUGGGCGGCUGCUCAACCUCGGCUGCGCCACUGGGCACCCGUCCUUCGUGAUGUCCUGCUCGUUCACGAACCAGGUCCUCGCGCAGAUUGACCUGCUCACGGCGAAGGAGAAGGGCUACAAGAACAACGUGUACCUCCUCCCCAAAGACCUCGACGAGAAGGUUGCCAGCCUGCACCUGCCGGCGCUCGGUGCACAGCUCACGACCCUCACGAAGGAGCAGGCCGACUACAUCGGUGUGAAGGCCACUGGCCCUUUCAAGCCUGACACGUACCGGUACUAGUACGCUGAGCAGCGGGCUUCCUUGCCAGACCAAGGUCCUCUAGCGGCUUCGGUUGCGACCCAGACGCUAAAGAUUCUUCGUUUUGCUGUCCACCUAGGGCCGACAGUUGGCACAGCGACAUCGUCCGCUUGGGUCGGUGGAUCCUGAGGCUGGCUGUUCGUGCCGCGUGUGUGAGCAGGAGACUAUCUUGUCGGCAUGCCGAUGUGUCCGAUCA